UAUAACUAUAUAAACCAGCAGAUCUUGUAGUGCUAAGUACAGUAAUGAAACGGUCCUCUUUGACAAACGCAAAGCUUGAAUACAUGCAGAGUGUGAACACACAGAAAUCUUGAACACACGCAAAGCUUGAACAAAAGCAAACCUUGAACAUAGAUAAAGCUUUUCGGCAAAGGAACUAAUAUCAUAACUUUCAAUGUGUGUGCAUUGAAACACAAUGUUUCGUUUGUCCUUUUUGAUAGUUUUUCUUUUCGGGUGGACAUUAAGUGAAAUCAUUGUUAUCAAAAAACAUACAGACAAAAUAUACAGUGGCCACGUUUUGUUUGAAGUAUCUAUUCCAAUGUGGUCAUUAUGUGUCCAACUUUGCUCGAGAAUUCAAGUCUGUAAAUCGAUCAACUUUAUAACACGGACUAACACUUGUCAGAUAAAUGACGCUGAACCUGUAGGAAAUAAGGAUGAACUCCUAAAGAGUGUUGGCAAAAGCUUUGUUGCGGUCUCGAAUCUUCAAAAGGAGCUAGCUGGUUCGUGCAAAGGCCAUGACUGUAAGGUCAGUGAAAUAUGUAUGCCACAAAGUCUGAAUUACACAUGCGUUCCACUGUCAGAUGUCUUUGCUGAAAGGAGAACACGAGAAAGAUCUCUUGUGUCUCAAUUCUUGGAAACUGGUCAAAGCACUCCAUUUAACUGUUAUUCCGGUUACGUAUGCAAAGCUGGAGCAGGGAUUGACGGAAUUAAAAACCCUUAUAACAUGUUUCAUACAGAUAGUGAACUCGAACCUUUCUGGUGGGUCAAUCUCGGACAAGUGUACACGGUACAGAAGGUGGUCAGUACGAAUCGUAUGGAUACAUUAGGUCAUCGACUUACAAAAAUGCUCAUUCAUGUAGGCACCAGCUUAGAUACAUCUUACAUGGAGCUAUGCGGUCAGUUCAUUGGUCCAGCCGUUACUGGACAGGUUAUAGUUAUACCAUGCAACACACUACCAGAAGGACAAAUAGUAAAAUUAACAAGUGUUAAUACCGCGCCACAGUUCUUUCAUCUUUCUGAAGUUGAAGUGUAUGGUGUUUAGGGAACAACUAUUUAACUUCCAGGGGGAGGGGGGCUUUGGUUUUUUUUUUCUAAAAAAACAAUUCUGAUCCCUAAUUUGAUGAAAAAAAUAUUCUGGUCAAACAGAUGUCAUGUUGUAAAAAUGCGUGAAAUUGUGAAUUUUAGCAUUUUCUUCUUUUUAUGUCGUGUUUGGUAUAAAAAGUAAUUAUUUCGGAUAAGUAGAUAAGUUUCAAUAUUUUUAUUCAGCAAACAGUGCAUUUUGUUCG